GCACGCAUACACACAAUUCUUCCUUUCCAUCUUCCUUUCUUUGUACAAUAUGCGUUAAGUGUACGUAAUUUCUCCACUUCAUUCUCUUACGUAUGUCGAAUAUAUAUAUACGUAUACUAUUAAAUUACAUUUUAAAAUGCAUUCUAUCCCUUCCCCUCUGUCCUCACCCCCUCUUUUUCCAGUUAUUGUUUAUUCUUCGGUUAAGAUAAACAAGGAGAAGGGUAUUGUGAAAAGAAAGAAAAUGGUUAUUUCUGCACCUGCAUCUAAGCCUAAACAGUUAUACAGUGCUAGUGUUGAAUAGUGUACAAGAGUGAAACCACGUAUUCGAUAGCGUUUUAGCUGAAAAUGUAUUACCGCAAUAUUGUGUCCCGUACUCGUCGAACGUGUAUUCAUCUGCAACACUUGAAUGAUAUACCCUGUGAUUUCUGCGCCGGUUAGCAAAAAAAUGGUAUUAAUAAUACUGUCCGGAACAAUGUGAGCAUGCUGGAGGGUAUUCAAGAUCCUGAAAUAGCGAAUCUAAUAAUAGGCGAUAUCUUAUUCCGACCACUUUUCGUAUGAACUUGAAGAUAACAACGCAUCGUGUGAUUAAUUAAAAAAAAAGCAAAAAAAAUAAGAAAAAUCAAACACUGCCGGACUACUGCCGUUGCCGCCAUCGCCGCUACGAAGACACAAGACAAAGAGUGGUGGCUGAGCAUGAAACAUCCGAACGCAUAAAGUGCUUCGUGUGAAAGUUUGAAGAGCCAUGGUUACACAUUAAAAAGUGGUUCGACGUCAAGCAUACAUUAUUGGUGGACGGAUGGAAACGAAGCGUAGAAAACAAAAAGAAAAAAGGAGAGGAAAAAUAGUAGCAGAAGGAUAGUGAAAUCGAACGAUAUAGAGAAAUAAUAAUAAUAAAGAAAAAAAAAAACUUCCAAGAGAAGAACGUUGAGAUUCGGUUAUUUUUUUUCCGCACGGUAAUCAACUUGAAUGUUCGCGCGUGUGUGAGUACGCGUGUGAUUACGUGUACGCGUUAAAAGCGCGCGCGUGUGUGUUUCUCGUUCUGCCAUAUUGAAAGUCAUCCAAUAUUCUUUUCUCUCGAAGGCGCUGGCUCACGUGCGCGGGAAACGUGCACAGUGCGUGCAUCGUACACGCACUGUGCUAGGUUACCAGCUAAGAAACGUCGUCGGUUCGGAACUGCGAGACUAACGGUUCAUCGACAGCACGAUAGAACCGCGAUGAAAGCGGGUCUGUCGAUAACAUUACAACAUUGUGGAAGUGAUAAAGAAUACCGUAGCGGUAGGAAGAGUAGUGGUACCGGUAACAACAAGAGCAACAACAACGGAAAUGACAGUGUUUUCAACGGCGACAAGAAAUCAAGAUUGGAAUACAGUGUUAAGUGUAGUAAGCCACGUGGCAGUGAUGAGAUUCUCGAGCAGUUGCAUUUUUACGAGAUAUAUCCGCACUGAUUGUGAGUGUUAGUAGGAGAAAGAGAAAGCAGGAGACAGAGAGAUAGUAGCCAAGACUCUCGUGGAGAGCGGGGCACUGAAAGAUAUGCGGACCUUUGUGCGAACAGCUGAACCGGAAGUUGUGAGAACAAGUGGAGUGCAACGCGCUCCGCCCAAUCGGUGAUAGGGUCAGUCGGUUAAAAGAAGAAGAAAAUUGGCGUUCGAAGCGACGGUAACGCGGCAUCUUUCGCGAUCACCUUUUCUCACCCUUUCCUUAUUUCCUAUUUCAUUUCGUUUCACUUCAGUUUCCAUUUCAUUCGCAAGCUACUUUCUUUACGCUAUUUUAUCACGAUUAAAUAUUCGUAACGAAUCGGUAAACGGUAACGCGUAAUUGAAAACGUUGCCGGAAGGAUAAUGCAAACAAGAAUUCGUCACGUAGAAUUUCUCCACAGUAAUGAAGGAAUACUUCUCUAAACACGGAUUUUCAAAAAAAAACCUGGUUAAUAAUAAUAAAUAACCUGAAAAUGUUUCGUUACACUUUACAUUAGAGAAAUUACAACCUUCAUUCCAGCACUUUAUUGAAAUUUCGAUACCGAAAUGAGUAGCGCGCCGUCCAUGCUUAAUCCGCGAAGGAGGUUAACGCAUUAAUUUUCAUCUUUCUCCAACUGUUAUCCGUAGAGAUCGUCGGUGGAGGAAGAGCAUAAGAAAGAAAUUUCAAUAGUCGGUUAAAUCGUGUUUUCGCGAGUGUGUACUAGCCAAGUUGUGUGGAACGCAUGAAAGUGUACGGAAAAAACAAAGAAGAGAGAGAGUUAAAAGGGGGAAAGGAUUAACAACGGCAUGAAGAGAAGACAGUGAGUGAACGAAGAAAGGGAAAUGAUAAAGAAAAAGAAAUAUUAGUAAAGUCAGUGAGAAGCAAAGUUCGCGACGUACAGUAAUAUGUUGUGGAGUAGCGUGUUCUGCGAAAGUUUUUAAAAUCGAUAUAGAAUUUAUAAAUAGAUCGGCUGGUAUAGUCACAUAUGUGGACCCGUGCGUAUAUGUGCGUGAUCGCGCGCCCACAUGUACGUGAUUUUCACUCGGUAGUGAAGCAGUAAAAUUAUUCUCGCCAGGAUUGACUACUUGCGGAGAAAAUUCAAGAUUCAGCUUACAUUCUACAGCUGACGUCAUUACCGUACACAAUGCGCUAGGGGUGAUGGAGACAGUGGGCAAGCAAGUCCAGGUAGUGAGCGGACUGGGGGUGGGGGGUCCAGUGGGCCCUGUGGGUCCAGUGGGGGGAGAUUUGCAUCACCAUCAUCAUCCUCACCCCCACUCCCAUCCUCCACACCCACACGCCCACCCCCACGGUCAUCCUCAUGGGACCCAUGGCCACUCACUGGUCGGCGUAACGUCGACCCCUGGCAGGGGUCAGACGCAACCACCGGUCUCGCAUAACCAGCAUUUACCCGCGAGAUCUACUCCAGUACAGCUGCACAGGCCAACACAGAAUUACGUAAACAUCAAGAGCAGCAGUCCGGUGUCUCCAAGAACGGUAGGAACAGCAGUUACGUAUGUCCAGGGUGGUGCAGCUGCAUCUUCUGCGGCGGCAGCAGCGGGGACAGUUGGGAGUGGAACUGCUGGAGGUCCUUCAAUCGGCGGAGGCGGUGGCGGUGGCGGUAGUGGCGGCGGUGUUGGUGUUAGCAACGCGAGUGGCGCAAACAGCGGAACCGGAGUCGUUGGGGCUGGAUCUGGUGCUGGUGGUGCUGUAGGGAACGUAGGUGCAGCCGGAAGUGGAAAUAGCAGCGGUACCAGUAACAGUGCCGCCGGUGCAGGGAGUAAUAGUGGCGGGAACAGUGGUACAGUGAGUGGCGCACCAGGAGGUUACGUUGCCGUACCCAUGGCCGGUGGUUUACGUUAUAUUCAUCCGUAUCCACCGACACCAACAUCGGCGUCGGUGCCAGCUGUAGCAACGGUGGUCACAUCGGCUUCGUCGGCACCGACUCCAGUACCAGCACCUGCGGCCGCACCUGCGAAUCCACCUACAGUUAGUCAGACGCCACCACCAUCGCUUUCGGGAACUGCUUAUACCGCGAGAGAUGCAUAUCGCAGCGCCACCACCAAUGUGAACGAAAGGAUCGCUAUUAGCGUGAGCAGUAGUCCUUUAUCACAGAUUGGAGUCGGUGUUGGAGUAGUUACAGCCGAAUAUGCGGCGAAUAGCGGUAUAGGUAGUGCGAUGGCUGGCGGAAGGGGGGAUAGACCGAGGAUAUCUCUUUUACCACCUGCUUCGGUGACGCCGACACCUUCGCCAACAGCGCCAGACUAUCAGCACGUGUCCAGUGUAAGAAAUUCACGAAUAGGCCUGAUGCCCGUCCAACCGGAUCAGUAUUGCAGUCGUACGGCCGUUGAGAUGGCUAACCUGCAGGAGGCGCCGCCCUUCAAAAAAAUACGCCUCGGUCAACCAACCCAAGUUCAAUCACAAUCCCAAUCGCAAUCUCGCUGUCAGAGUUUGUCACCUGCCGACCCCUGUGUAAAACAAGAGCACGUGGUGCAGUUGCAGCAACCACUUAGGAUAGACACUAGGCCGACUACAGGAGCGUAUACGCCGCAAACAGAAGCUAUUUCACCAACACUUCCGGAACCGAAUACACAGGAAGAUGCGCAGUUCAGAAGCACCAAGGAUGAUCUGCUGCAACAGAUCGCCAAGGUCGACAGAGAGAUUGCCAAAAGGGAGUCACAGAUAAAUAAACUUAGGAAAAAGUUAAAGGAAUUAGAAGAAACAGCGAAUAAACCUCUAGAAGCGAACGGGCUCAAACGUCAGGUUGAGGAACAAUCUCAGCAACCAAAGCAUCAGUCUCUGGCACAAAAAAUUUAUGCUGAAAAUAGGAGAAAAGCAGAAGAAGCUCAUCGACUCCUAGAAAGGCUGGGUCCAAAAGUGGAACUACCUUUGUAUAAUCAGCCAUCAGAUACAAGUGUAUAUCAGGAAAAUCGUACAAAACAUCAGACGUGUAUGAGAGCAAGGCUUAUAGCGAGGCUUCGACGAGAACAUGCGGAACGCGCAUCUCUUCAUCGACAACAGUCACAAACGUACGCUAUUUUGGUACAGGAGUGGCAUCGUAAAGUGGAGCGGUUAGAAGCAACGCAGAAAAGGAAAUCGAAAGAAGCGAAGAAUCGUGAAUUUUUCGAGAAGGUUUUCCCAGAAUUGCGGAAGCAAAGGGAAGACAAAGAACGUUUUAAUAGAGUCGGUGCUCGAAUUAAAAGUGAAGCUGAUCUAGAGGAAAUUAUGGACGGCCUUCAAGAGCAAGAGAUGGAAGAUAAGAAGAUGCGGUCGUACGCGGUGAUACCACCUUUGUUGUUGGAUACAAAGCAAAGAAGAAUUGCAUUUCAAAAUCGGAAUGGUCUUCUUCAGCCAGAAGAAUUAGAAGCUCUUCACAGCGAACGAAAAUUAAUAAACGUAUGGAGUGCUGUGGAGCAUGAAUUGUUUAAGGAAAAAUAUUUGCAGCAUCCUAAGAACUUUGGAACGAUAGCUCAAUCUUUAGAACAUAAGUCCGUUCCAGAUUGUGUGCAUCAUUACUACCUCACUAAAAAAGCAGAAAAUUAUAAGCAGCUCUUGCGAAAAUCGCGGCAACGAACACGUAGCUCUCGGAAUAAUCCUAAUCAUAAAGCAAAUAAUAACCCUCCUAGUAUUGGACCUAUAGACAUAUUAAGUACGGGUGUUACGACAAGGUUGCAACGUGAGCAGCAACAAAAAACCCAAGAGAAUCCUCAAACUAAUUCGGCAGCGACAACGACCACAACCACUACCACGACUACAACUACGUCGAGUGUGUCUACACCAGCUCCAACGACGAUAGUUACUACUGCAGCCACUGCGUUAAGUACACCUACGUCGAGUAUAUGUAUAAGUACAGAGUCUGUAAUAGCAUCAACGACAUCGGCUACAACGACGUCUGUACCAUGUAUCACCACGUGUGUUACAACGUCGUCGGCUUCGACGACGACAAGUGCGAAGGACAAUAGAGAAACUAACAAAGAAAAUAAAGAAACUAAAUCGGAAUCUAAAGAACAGCACCUCGUCAAAGUGGAAGUAAAAGAAGAACCACAGUGGUUGAAUUCGGAAACAGUGGCGGGCAAGGACGUCAAAGUAAUAAUCGACGGAAAGAGCACGUCGUCGUCGUCGUCAUUGAGCGUAAACGCUUCGACAUUACAGUCAGAUUUGAAAGAUUCUAACAAAAAGAAAACGGGUUGCAGGGAAGCAAACAGCGGCGGAUCCGGAACUGUUGGAAAUGCGAGUCGGAUCAAGGAGAAGAAAAAGGAUAAUCAUGCCACUCCUAUGGAGACCAGCGACGAGGAAGCCCAAUCCAUAGACACCAUCGAAAGCGGUAGGCAGAUCGGUCCUCAUGCUUGCGCAGUUUGCCAGAACAUCGUCGAGGGAAACACGCAGAGUAGAGCGUUGCCACCGAGGCAAGCGUCUCAGUACGGCUUGCGAGAGGAUCAAGUGGCACCUGGUGCACGAGUCUGCAAUACCUGUAGGUGCAAAGCUGUGAGAGGACGAUACACAGCGUGUCCGCUGCUAGGAUGUCCAAAUUUGAAUAACACCAGCUCGAAAACAAAGGUGAAGAGGUUGCGAGCACUGCCCGCGAAAUGGUUUGAUUUACCAGCUGAAGUUCGCGAUCCUAUUAUACAGGAAUUUCAGAUUCCAAACAACGCGACAAAAUGUUGUUCAGCCUGCUUCAAUCGAAUAUCCCGGCGAUUGGCACCUCACCUAACCGGAGGUACCGAAGUGCCCGAAGACACGGCCGAUUCUUUGGCUCGACAAUGGACGGACGAGGAGUUGGAGCAACUGAGAAGAGCUCUUCGAGAACACGGUACCAAUUGGGUGAAAGUGGCCGAACAAAUACCUGGGAAGACGAAUCACCAGUGUAAAAACUACUACUUCGCUUAUCGGAAGAAGCUAAGCUUGGAUCAGGUGGUUGCAGAAUAUUAUCAAUCUUUAGGCGAGGAGAGAAGACCUUGUUUAACGGAUGAAGAAGAAAGUGGCAGCAGUACGAGUAGCUGUGACGAGCUGGCGGUUCAUGACUCAAGCGACACAGCCAGUGCAGGUAGUCCAGCUAACAAUAUGCCAAGUGGUACACCAGGGACACCAGGUGCUUCUGCAUCCGCUAAUUUACCUAUGCCAUUUUCACGAUCAACAGAUCAAAAGCUUGGCGAUAAAUUAGCGGAUAUCGCUGUAGUAUCUUUAGUUCCACCGGUGAGCAUAAGUUCAUCACAACAGUCUUCCACCAGUGGAGGUAGCAACGCUGCUUCAGCUGGCACUAGAGAAGAUUAUGAUAGUUCUGCCACGGAGACGGCGGACGAAGGUCAGGGAAGUACUGAUUUAGAGAAUAGUAGCGUCGUCGUCACCCUGACAACUCCCAGCAACGGUACGCCAUUGCAACAACACCAACAGUCACAUCAACAGGUUCCGCCACCUUCUCAUUCGCCACCUUCAACAACGAGCAACUCUAAUCCUUUAACCGUUAAAGAUCUGAUGCUUGGCGUGAUUGAAAUGCAAUUAAAACGCAAUCCUAAUAGUCCAGCUGGUACUGGCGGAUCGUCGGUACCAGUGAACUCUGGAACACCAACGAUAUCUAGUAUAUUGAGGACAGAUCAUCGGAACGACAUUACUUUUGUACGAGAAUAUAAACCGUCGUCCACUAUGGCGAAUACUAGUAUGCCAAGGGACUCGAAUUUGGCGACUUUGUCAGUGGUAUCUGGUCCCCAUCAUGGUCAUCGUUCUGCUCCUAGUCCUCAGCAAAUUGGUCAAAUACAAGCAACAAUUACUCCCUGUGUACCCGCUCCAUCGAGCAGCCAAUCUUCAACCUCGGAUAUUCUUCCGAAAGAGGGAUUAGUUGUAAUGCAAGUGCAACAAGCGCUUCGGGAGACCGAAGGAACGCUCGACUUGAGUAUCAAAAAGCCACGACAACAAGAAUACAAUCAUUCCUUACAGACGCUUCACAAGCCACCGACGGUUACUCUUUAUCGGCCAGAACCUCCCCCUGGUGCUUACUACCAUCCUCAUUCUCAUCCUGAACAAGGACGUGGCGCGAAGAGUCCUCUGGUUUACGCGUCUUCGCCACGUCCUCAAGCACCUCUAACGCCUAAGAUGAAUAAAGUUGCCGUACCUCCACCGCAUCCUAAGUUGUCUCCGAAAUUAGGUGCUAUGGGAACGACGGGUCAUAAGAGCGGCUCAAUCACGCACGGUACACCUGUUUCUAGCGCGCGUUACGAGGGUCUUCUCAGACAGAUGACACCUCCAGGAAAUCCUGGCAGUGUCGCUGGCACCCCGAGCGUAACGAGCGGUCCUAGCGCUGUUAAUGCUCCCAGCAAUCAAGGACCUAAGGAGACGGGAUCCAUUACUCAAGGUACCCCGGUACAUCCUUUCGCGGUGGACAAACGUGCGCCGAUGUACGAUUAUCACAGAACUAUCAGACCUUCGCCUGUGACGACGGGUAACAUUCCUGGACAAGGACAAAGUCAGGCAGGAACAGCGGCAGUGGUAGUGACGCAUAGCAACCAGUACAAUUCUUAUUCGGGCCGACCACCGCCUAGUUACACGAUGGAACAGCAGCUGUCCUCGAGACAGAUUAUCAUAAACGAUUAUAUAACCAGUCAACAAAUGCAUGCGCGUAGUAGAAGCGGCGUUACAUCUGAAAGUAGCAGUAAGAACGAGGUGCCGUCGACGUUGUAUUACACGAGCACUCCUCCGCCCCAGACGCAUACCCAACCCCGGCAAGGGGUCAUACAGAGGCAUAAUCCACAGAAACAGAUACAUUAUCCACCUCCGCCACCGGGACUGGAAGCAUUUUCCAGUUUAGUGGACGUCGCUGUGCAACAACCGAGUCUUCCAGUUCCCCAUCCGCACAGUCAUCCUGCCUCUGGAAGCAGUAGUCACGAGGGCCUUGGUAAGACAAUGGCGGACAGACUGUUGGCCGAUCGUUACGGAGAUAAGCAUCGUUUAGCCAUACAUCAGGAUCACAGAAUGGCUGUGGCUCACCAUCAUCAGCGAGACAGAGAAAGAGAACGGGAUCUGGUUCACUUGCGAGAAAAGGAAGAAUAUAGAUUGCAACGUGAGAAAGAGAUUCUGCAGCAAGAUCAUAGAAUGGCUCAGCAAAGAGAAAAGGAUAACCAACAUGCUGACCAUCGUCUUACCGUCCAUCAACAGAGAGAAAAAGAGAUUCAUCAGCAGAUGGCAGUGGCUGCUGCUCAACGUGAAAAGGAACAUCAGGAGCAUCGUUUAGCUGUUCAGCAGCAAAGAGAAAGAGACCUGGCGCACUUGCAACAGCAACAGCAGCAGCAACAACAGCAACACCUUCAACAGCACAUUCAACAACAAAGAAUGGAGGCUGAAAGAAGACACAUGGUUCAAUUGUACAGAGAUCAACAGCAACUGGAUAGGGAUAGCAGGCUAAUAAGUAGUGGAUUCACUCAGUCCAGACUGCAACAGCCCCAACAAUCGCAACAGCAGCAGCAGCAACAACAACAACAACAACAAUCAUCCUCUAGACAAAGUCAGUCCUCCGGUCAACAGCAAAAUGAAUCUGCGUCUACUUUAACCGCUGCCAGCUUGAUAGAUGCUAUUAUAACGCAUCAAAUUAAUCAGAGUGUCGAGAAUACUGGUGGAAAUUCUCAGCCACCACGACCUGGUGAUCGUCUUUUCCAGGGAUUUCACAGAGAAGCCUCGAUAGAACCUAAUGGAAUGGCGCAUAGUCCUGCCGGCGAAGGAAAUGGAGGAAACAACGGGCCAGGGAGUGCGAGUGGUAAUGGAAAUGGAAACAAACCGAUUACUCUUGGUGAACACGUUGAUCAUAUUGUUUCAAAAGAUUACGGUCCUCCACAUUCCUCGUAUAGACCAUACAGUGGGUAUCAAAUCUCGGAAGAUCAAUGGAAGAGACGAAAAGCUAACGAAGCCGAUUCCGUGAAAGCUGGAGACGAGCGUCAGAUAAUUCGCGUAACUCAACAACAAUCACAGCAACAGCAGCAGCAACAGCAGCACCACCAACAGCAGCAGCAGCAACAACACCAACACCAACACCAACACCAACAGACAGCUUCGUCAGUAGGAAAGCAACAGUUCCAUUCGGUAGAGCCCGUUUCGCCUCCGGAAGCGGGUACCAAUCAUUAUACGCAUCGCGCGUAUGAAACGACCACUGCCACAUCAACUUCCGGAACUCCUUCCAACAAGCCGCACCUUUCACCGUUGGAUUACGUUAAGAAUAAAAUCGUCGAAGUGAUGCGUACAUCCGAGGACGAUAAAGGUGGUAACGCAGGUGAUAGAAACGGAGGGAACGUGACAAGUGGGGAUAAAGACGAGAAAAUUGGGGGAAACGUUGAGAGCCCUUCGAGUGGGGAAAUGAUGGUAGACGAGGCACCCAAUCAAACUCCGCAACCACCCGCACCAGCACCCACCACCACCUUCUAUCCGUUCAGUGCGUUAGGCGUGCAUACUGGUCCACCACCGGCACCUCCUCCUCCAACAUCGGGAUCUACUUCUGUGACUAAAUCCGAACAAAUGCAGGCUGAACCGGCACCGUUGCUUUCCGCGCAGUACGAACCACUUUCCGACGAGGAUUGAUAGUCUAAUAAUUUAGCCACCUACAGAUUAUGCUGUGACAAGGUUCUUAGGCUAUUUAUGCAAUUUCUUUAUGCUCGACGAAAGUCUCAUACAGACUAGGAUUCUAACGAUUGAACGUUUCAUGAUUACCAAUAUAUUUUUCGGGCUCUUAGCUACUACGUUCUAACUGGUCGUCGAAAUUCUCUUCAGUUGAUCAAACGAAGGUAUUCUCUGUUUUCUUUUAGUUUCAUUCAUCAGCUCAUUCAUUUUUUUUUUUCCAUCGUAUUCCAAAAUCGAGAUUCUAGUACGAAGUUUUAAAAUAGUUUAUUAUUUUAUACGAAUUUCGUCAUUAUAUUUUUAGUCGAUGAUCAUCUCCGUACUACGCGUAAAGUAGCCGUUUUUUAAAGAUGCUAGUUCAGUACAUGAAAACACACGUUAAUUAACAAUAGUGUAAUUUUAAUUAAUAUUUUUUUACGUAUUACUUAUUCCCGCGCUAAGAUGUACUAAAGUUGUGUAUAAUUAUCAGCUAGAAUUAAAUAUAUAAAUAUUUCUGUUUUCACCGCCAUUAUUACAUUUUUUUUUUGUUUUGUUUUUUUUUUUUCUCUUUUUAAGAAAACGCUUUUUAGAUACUGUUUGUUUUCUAACUUAUCGUCGGUAAAGGGACGGAGAACUUUAUAAUUUUAAAAACGACAUCGAAACGAUCUGUACAGGCUAUAGUUGUAAAAUGAUAAAAUCUUCUGUACGACGUUUGUACAUUUGUCGUCGUGAUAUUUAAUUCUUUUUAAUGUAUCCGAAACAAAUUAGGAAUCAACACAGUGAAACUUGUUGAUAACGAAUUUAAUUUUAAUGUAUUAAAUACUCUAAUCACCUUAACGGUCUUUCUUUCGGACGAAUAUCAUUUUUUCUGCGUUCUUUGGGUGUUACACUGUGUCUGUGUACAUACAUCGUACGUAAGUUCUUGAUCAGAUUUUCGGAGCAAUGAUCAUCCGUUUUGGGCCGAUCGCGGUUCAAAUCACAUUAUUUAUAGAUCGACCCGUGGAACGUCCAGGCUAGCCCAAGUUCACAAUGGAGACGCUUCUUUUUGUACAUAAUGAAUGAUAUAUAAUCGUUAAACGAUGAUACAACGCUAAAGCAUACGUGUUUUUAUUUGGAAUGAGUCUGUGAUGUGUCUGGAAUUUAAAUAGCUUCAACUGUUAUAUACCAGUGCGAAAUAAAAAAGAUUAAAAAAGUUAGGGGAAUUCGAAGAAGAGUUUACGUCGAAUGUGUGUAAGACAUAAUAUAGAAACGCAUUCUCGCACAUUGCAUUAUUGUCUUACGUAAGAAUCACUUUAAAUGUUCUCUCCUUUGGUGAAGUGGGUUUUAAAACAAAAAAAAGUGUAAUUUCUAAGUGUUGUACAUAGUACACAAUAUUAAUUUUUAAGUUGAACAAGUAGGUAUAUGAUCCGCUAGUUUAAUCGUAUGCUAAUUGUAAGAGUUUAGAUUUUAGUGUAAGUAAACGUAGCUAGCAUUUAGGGAUUUAGACGCCAUGAACUGACUAGGGAAGUCAUUCCCAACCUACGUUCUCUUAUUAAUAAAAUGAAUAUAUGCAGGCGAUUCAAAAGAAAAUUUAAUCGAUGGAAUAUCAUCCGUCAAGCGAAUGGAUGUGAAUUUAUUUGAUUUUCAUUGGAAUUUCAAGAAAACUCCGAAUGUACGCUCUGACUAUCAACAAAAAUACAUUACGCAGUUAAACAUUUAAACGCAUCAAGCAUUGGUAAACAUAUAUUCUGUACACCUAAAGAAUUUUUAUAUAGCCUAAUUUUCAACCGUG